UUUAAAAUGGAAGUCCGCUAAGAAUCUUAUUUUACUUCUUCCAACUCUAGAGCUACAUUUUAAAAUACCUGAAUUAAAUAAAUAAAAAAUACGUUUUAAUCCGUGGUUUUCGAGUUUUGCCUCCCUACGGGCUGUUAUUUGCCGAUUCACUGGUUAAAAACAACAGCAAAUUAGAGGGUAACCGCUUUAACAUAAUCCUAAUGUACACGAAGAUUUGUAUAGAUUGACAAUAACAGGAUUUGCAAAACCCAAUAGCAGCUUAUUCUCUUGAGAAGAAGAUGGACUUAAACAUCUCCGUUUCGUUGCUGAGAGACCAGCUGGGCUCCGUUAUCGAUCAGGCUGUCAGGACGGCAGUGGAUACGGUUCUGGGCGAAAUGGCGAAUUUUGUGGGCUGCAAGCUAGAGGAUGUGAAAAAAGAAAUGACUGUCAAAGAAAAAGAAAACGAAAGCAUGAAGGAAAUGCUGGAAAUCUCCAGGUGUCAGAUGAAGACGCUUCGUAAAUACAUGAGUGCCGUCAGGAGUGGGAACGAGGAGCGCCGCGACAGGAGGGUUUGGAUAGAGCAGGAAUCAAAUUUAAAUUACUUUAAUGCGAAUGAAGUAGUCCCACUGGCAAAAAAUGCCAGAACAGGCGAGUUUGUGACGGUCUUCUGCACGCAAGCGAAGGGUCCUUCGACUGAGAACCACCCCUCCGUUCCUCACGGUUUAGCUGAAACCCAGCCCGGUUCGGACAGUAUUUGUUUGUCAGAUGUAACCCGGUGCAUUGAACUUCUCAGAAAUUCGGAAAACGCCCAGGAUUUAGCCCAUGAAGCCGUCGUUGUUAAAACAGAAACGGAUCUCCCAUUCAUUGCUUUAGAUUGUGAAGCGAGCGCAUCACUGUCAACAGAAUGGGCACCUGCCAAAGUGGAGAGCCGGGUUUCCCUAGAUUUUGAGGAAGGAGCCCAAAGAUCCCCAGGGAAUCCGACUGAAGAACAGCUGGCACGCUGGGGUGGAGCUGUCCAAGUGAAAGAAGAGGUUGCCGAAAUAAGAACUGCUCUCGUUAAAGAGGAACCUCUUGAAGGCCAGAAAUUACCAGGCAGCUUCACUGUGGUGUGUGACCAGAAUUGUGUGCCGGGAUCUGUCAAGGAUGAAUGUUGCGUUCCUGGGACGGUGUAUGGUGGAAAACUUAAAGAACCGACUGCUUCCGUUAGCUGCAGUGCAUCUGUUGAAGAAGAGAGCCCACCAGCGGCUUCUCACCUCAAAAUCACCUUUGAUAGCAAGUUGACGGGAGAGACCAGCACUCAAAAGACUCGCCAGGAAAAAGAUGAGCAGAAUGCCAGCUCUGGAUCUGUUCCUGAAUCCCAAAGAGACACAAAAGGCCCCCCACAGUGUACGGAAUGUGGUAAGGUUUUCAGGCAUGCGGGAUCCUUAAAAACGCACCUGCGGAUCCACACAGGUGAGAAGCCAUAUUCUUGUCCGGAAUGCGGUCGGAGUUUCAAACAGUCUGGAGACCUGAAGGUCCACCAGCGGAUUCACAGCGGCGAGAAGCCGUAUCACUGCACAGUGUGUGACAAGAGCUUCAACCGAAGAGGCUAUCUGAAAACUCACCAGAGGACUCACACGGGCGAGAGCCCCUACAGCUGUGACAAAUGUGACAAGAGCUUUGGGCGGAUCGACAUCCUGAAAGCCCACCAGCGCACUCACACCGGAGAGACCCCUUUUAGCUGCGCCGACUGUGGCAAAAGAUUCAAGCAGUCCGGGGACCUCAAAAUUCACCGGCGUAUCCACACUGGGGAAAGACCGUAUCACUGCCCUGAGUGCGGGAAGAGUUUCAGCCAGUUAACACACCUGAAAACCCACAGGAGGAUUCACAGUGGGGAGAAGCCCUACCCCUGUCCCCAGUGCCGCAGGGGCUUCAGGGAACAAGGAGCAAUGAGGAGGCACCAGCGCAUUCACAAACACUUUUGACUUUGGACUCAUUUGUGUUUGUGUGCGAAUGUGCAACAUUUCCCCCCCCAGCAAAAUCACAAAUCACCAGCAUGUUUUUGUUGGCCACAUGAUUUUCCUGAGUGGAAAACCUAAAGUAACAGAUUCCUGAAGUAAAAAGCGUUAAAUCUAUUCUAAAUCUAAUGAGAUUUAUUUAAAUGACAUUUGCAUUUAAAGCAUUUAGAAUGAAUUAAAAAUGGUAGCAUAAAAAAGUAUGUGAUUUGGGACAGAUGCUUGUUUAUUCUCACGUGUUUUAUCCACAUAAUACAGGGUACUUCAAAACUUUAUUGACUUUAUCCCCCCUGUGCAUUUGCUGUAAGGAAAAUGGUCCGUUUUUUUGCACCUCCGUGCAGGACAAUCCUUGAGCAUUUGUACUUUUUUCCCCUGUAGAACUGCCUGACACUUCAUCUUGUACAGUCAGUGCUGCAAAAAAGUGAAAGAUCUGAGAAAUGUUAGUGAAUGAGUUGCGAUGCUGGAAAUUGUGUCGUUGUAAAGAACUCUCUCUUAUCCUAGCGUUAAUCCCGCAUCAGCAGGGUCCGCUUGUCGGCACGCCUGUCUCCAUUUGGUGGUUUGAACCAAAUCUUUGCGCUGACGUUGCAAUUCAAUUGCAUGCAUUAUACAGUACCAUUCAUGCUUAUCUGACAUAUUGUCUUUAUCUGACAAAAUGCCUUUUUAGACAGUUACACGGCUCGUGCAUCCAUCACUGAUAGGUGACUUCUGUAAACGUUGCCAUUAAAUGCGACGAGAAUACUCCAACCGGCGCGUCGCUCCGCCUGCCGUCAGAGUGGGAGGGGGG